AUGACCUUCAUGCUCACGGCAAAUCUCCCAGUCCUGGCCCACAGCCGGCUCCAGAAGUUCCUCCAAUAUUCCCGAAUUAUUAAAAGAGUGGCGGCUCGGAGCGCUGGGAUUUCAAGGUCACUCGUGCAGGCCCCGCUCCAAGUUGGGCUGCGGCGGUGGCGGAGCGCGCCCGGCCCGGGGCUCGGGGAGAGCCCCCGGGACCCCUCAGCCCCCGCCGGGCCGCCAACCCCCCGCUCCCCCCGCGCCUCCCGCCCCGCGGGGCCAUCGCGGCCAGGCCAAGGGCACCGAGAGAGGCCCCGCCGCGCUCGGGGCACCCCAGGGUGGGGGCAGCGCUGCUUUGUCCCCCCCCAUCGCUGCCCUCACGCCGAUACCGGCGCUGGGGGUGGGUCGGCGGGGAACCCCGGGGGUUCAACCCCAAACCCCGCACCGGGCGCGUCCCGCCGCGCCCCCUUCCCUCCCGCACCGGGACACACGAGCAUCCCCCGCCGCCGCGGCCUGUCCCCGGCGCCCGGGCCGCCCUCCCCCGCCGCCACCGCGGCGGCAGCGCCCCAGACUCACCGCCGGCCGUGCCCGCGGCCGGGGGUUGCCCGCCAUGGCUUUGUCUUUGAGCGACCCCGGCAGCUGCGGGGCCCCCCCGGGCCGGGCCGUGCCUGCGGCCCCUUUAACGGCGGCGGCCCCGCGCGCCCCGCUGCGCGCGCCCGGCCCGCCCCGCGCCCGCGCCCAUUGGCUGCGCGCCCCGCGGCCGCGCUCUGCUAUUGGCUGAGCGCCCCGCGGCCCCGCGCUCCCAUUGGCUGGCGCUGCGGCGCAGCCUCGCCUGCCGCUUCCUGCUUUAAAGUUACCUUGAGCGGCGGCCGCAGGGGUCAGGAAAGCCCCGCCCCCCUGCCCCGCCCCGAUUGGCAGCCUCGCCUCCUAUUCAAACGCCUGAAGAGGCUGGCGAGGGCGGCCGCUGAUUGGCCCGCGCGCCUGUCAAUCACGACGGUUCCCGCCACACCUUCCCGGCGGGGAGCGGGGCCGCACGUGCGCGAGGCGCGGCGGGAGCGCGCGCGGUCGGAUCCCCGAGUUCCAGAAAUUUUGGGAUCUUUGGAGAUCACCCAGUCCAUCCCCCUACCAAGGCAGGGUCACCCGGAGCAGCAUUCCUCAGAUAACAAAACACGGCUUGGAAGCUGUGGAAUUCUGACUAUUGGAAUUAUGUGAGGUACUUUGGGUGGUAUGAAAAACAAACCCAGCACCCUUCCUGCAGAACAGAGGAAUGCCUGGCUGGAAUUCUGGAAUUCUGAGGGAUUGAUGUUCUGACUGGCCAAACACAUUCCCUUGGGCCUUGUCACAUCCCAAGGGACCUAAAGCUGCUCUGCUGUGCUUGGGAAUGACAGGAAGAGCCACGGGAAUGACCCACAGGAGCAGCUGAUGCUCACAGCUUAUUAAUUCCUCCUGACAAUAAAAACUGGUUAAUUUUAGGAAGUUCUACAGUAAAGGGUUUAUUUGUGGAAAAACCCCACUGAAUUAGUUUGGGAAGCCCUAAAAGGUUUAUUUCAAUCAUUGCAGCUCUCGUUGCUCUGAAAUCAAAGAGGGUUUGGGUGGGAUUUUGGGAAGGAAUUUUCUUUUCUUUUGAGGGUGAGGAAGGGCUGGAAUAGAAUUCCCAGAGCACCUGUGGCUGCCCCUGGAUCCCUGGAACAACCUGGGACAGUGGGAAGUGUCCCUGCCCAUGGAAUUGAGUGGGACUGGAUGGGAUUUAAGGUCCCUCCCAACUCAAACCACAAUUCCGUGAACUACAGAGUUACUUGGGAAACAUUGGAAAAAGGAAUGUUCUGAACCCUGUAGCUGUCACCUGUCUCUCUGAGGCACUUCUAGGAAUCCACCACUGCACGUGAUUCCCAUGGGGCAGGAAAAUGUGCUUGGACAAACAGGAUUUAUCUUGAUCAAGCAAAAUUAACGAGGGACAGACCAGCCAGGCAGGAAAAAUGCCCGGCUCAAGGUCACCAGCCAAGCUCAGACACUGGAGAACCUGUUCCUACCUGGAAUGAGCAGUCAAGGAUUCUGCUGGAUCCCAGAACCAUGGAAUAUCUUGAGCUGGAAGGAUCCUCAAGGAUCAUCCAGUCCAACCCCUGAACAGUGGCACCCUGUGCAUCCCUGGGAAUGUUGUCCAAAUAUUCCUGGAGCUCUGGCAGCCUUGGGAAUGCGCCCAUUCCCUGGGGAGCCUGGGCAGUGCCCCAGCUCCCUCUGGAGGAAGAACCUUUCCCUAAAUCCAACCUAAAU